GUCUUCGGUGGCUAUAAAUUGUACGUCAAUCAAGCUGUUUGUUGCCCAUUAUCUCCAUUUAGAUAGCAUCUCGUCUUAAUUCCCUCCUCAUUCUAGCUAAGAUAGAUAGCUCAUUUUGUUCUACAUAUAUAGACCUCUCUCAAGCUUGCUUAUUAGUACUAGCUAUUUGCUGUUCCAUAUAUCCAAGAAAGGCAUGGCUUCAGCUGCUGCCGCUAGCGCAGCUAAGGAGGCCUGCUUGGUCGUCGCCGUGUGCGUCGUGCUGCUGCUCCACUCUUCGGCGGGCCAGCCGCCUCCACCGCAUUGCCAUUACACGGGGCAGCAGCCACCGCCACCGCCACCGCCACCACCGCCCUCGCCGGUGCCAGCGCCUGUGCCAACGUCUCCGCCGCCGCCGCCGCCCUCGCCCACGGCGACGCCAGUACCAGCGCCCAUGCCAACGACGACCCCGCCACCAGUGCCACCACCCACGCCAGCGCCGACGCUGCCUCCACCACCAGUGCCAACAACACCCACGCCAGCGCCAGCGCCGGCACCCGUCAACUGCAGCUACAUGUACUGCGCCUCGCAAUGUACUCCGAUCUGCCAAGCCAACCACGACGCCGGCAUCGCCAAGUGCCAGAGCGACCUCGUCACCAACUUCAACGGGUGCUACGCCAGCUGCACUAGCCAUGUCUGCCCCGGGGAUUCCUGCGUCGACAGCGGCUGCGGCUUCGGCCACUGCCCCUGCGACAACGCCAACGCAACCAGCUGCUGCCAAGGGUGCGGUAGCGCUCUCUCCCCUCAGUACCAGCGAUGCCUGAAUUUCUAUGACAGGGCUGUGGGCUACUGCAUGAUCUCCUGCCAAGACACCUGCUACAAGAACUGUACAUCUGAUGCGCAGCCGCCACCGCCACCACCGGUAGUCCCAGCGCCCACGCCGACGCCAAUGCCUACACCAGUGCCAGCGCCUAUGCCAACGCCGACACCUGCGUCGCCGGCGCCAUCACCCAUCAGUUGCAACUAUAGUGACUGCACCUCGCAAUGUUCUCCAUCUUGCCAAGCCAGUUAUCACCCCAAAAACUGCACGAGCUUGCUCGAAGGCGCCUUCAACGGGUGCUAUGAGAGCUGCACCAACCAUAGCUGCCCUGGCAAGUCCUGUGUCCAUAGUGGCUGCAGCUUCGGCAACUGUUCCUGCGACAACGACAACGCAGUCAGCUGCUGUGAAUUUUGCCGUAACAACGCUGUUUCCACGUCACUGGGUAGUCCGUACCAACAGUGUCAGAGUUACAAUGAAAGGUAUAUGGGGAACUGUAUGACGAGCUGCCUGGAUAGGUGCUCCAAGAACUGUACCUAGGGCGUGUAAGAGAUGUGUGAGACGAUGAGCGCCGGUUGUUGCAUGCAUUGUUUCCGCAGGUUUGUGUGCGUUUGGAUUUGGAUUUCACCGUUGGACAAUUCUGUUUCGGUAGAGUUUUUAAUCUCUUGUCAUCUCAUUUUCGAAUAAUAAUAUAGUAUACAUGUGGUGCCUAUAGCUAAGUGAA